AUGGGCGACAACAUGGAAGGCGAUACCGCGGCUGCAAAGGCAUUUGCCGCCCAUGCACGCAACCUCCUCACCGACGGCCUCCGCAAGGACUUCCCCCACAUGGAUCUGAUGGAUGUCGAUCGGACUGUCAAUCGUGCCGUCCAGGAGAUUGCGAAUGGACUUGAGCAAGCCAAACCACAGAUGAGAGCAAGUAAAUCCAAGAGCGGCUUCUUCUCCCUGCCACCUGAGAUCCGCAAUGACAUCUAUAACCUGGUCUUCCCCGCAAGCGACUCGAACCCGACUGUGACGUUCAAGGAGCCGAAGAACGUGGGUAAGAAGGCCAAAAACGCUGUCAUCGCCGACUUCGCCUUCCCGAAAUUUCUGCAUGCCUCGCGGCAGAUCCGCAACGAGGCCAUGCCCAUCUUUCUGAGCAGCCUAUGUGUGAGGGUGCUUGCGGCACUGUACCUGAAUGGAUCAGAAGUGUCUACAGCGCGAUGCGAGAAGGACCAAGCUCCGCUUUCCAUGACCUGGAUCGCAGGCCUUGGCAAGGAGCACGCAAAGAUGAUCAAGAAGUUUACUACAUUCGUGGACGCGCUUCAGUUCGGACGUCGACGAGAGACUCCUCUCAGCCUCGAACUGCGAGGGACCAACGGGGAGAUACUGGAGGAUUUGGGAUUCAGCGAACUCGGGAUGCGGAAAGAGGCGAUGGGUCUUUCUUUUCCGACUACUUUCGGAUCCAGCUUGAAGGUCGGGUGGAAGUCGCGUACGGAUGAGUAUGAUCUCACCUCAAACCACGCGACAAAUAGCACGUCCGUCUACAGAAUCAUGGAUGACGACGACGACACCAAGUCCUCGAAGGCGCUCCUCGCAGACACUCGCACAUCUCUCACGGAGGACCUUCGCUAUCAGUUUCCCUUCAUGAGGACAUCACUCAUGAAUGAGGCGGUCGAGGCGACUCUUACAGCACUGCAGCAGAAGGUCGAAGAAGCCAAGCCACAAAUCACCGCAAGCAAAGCCCGCUCCAGCUUCUUCUCCCUCCCAGCUGAACUCCGCACCUACAUCUACGACCUCUCCUUCGCACCCACCGACCAAGGCACCUACCACGCCGUCUUGGACGAGUCCCGCUACCCCCUGAAGCGAAGAGGAUGCUACCGCGCGACGGGCUCGGGACCCUACCAGACAGCCGGCCCAGACCCCCGCGUGGGAUUCCCGGCAUUGCUGCAUGCGUCCCGACAAGUUCGCGCCGAGGCGAUGCCUGUCUUCUUGAGGAAUCUGACGGUCCUCGUGGCGUCUGACCGAUUGGAGGAUUGGGAUUCUCACGAUGAUGUGGUUGUUGCGAGGGCCUGGUUGCGGGGACUGGGUCCGAAGUACGUCAAGCUGGUCAAGAAGUUUGUGCUGUCGCCCGUCACUGCUGGAGGAGUACCUGAUAAGAGUAGACUCUGGGAGAUGUUUGGCUUUGGGGGACUGGGGUUGCGGGAGGACGCGGUUGAGGUGAGCGUCUUGCAUAUGGUUUUUUGCGAGCAGUUGAUGCUGGAGAACACAUGA